AUGUCGUACCAGCAGCAGCAGCCGCCAGCUGGCGCAGACGCCUACAACUACGCGUACCAGCAGCAGCCACAACAGCAGCAGCAGCCACAACAGCAGCAGCAGCACGCGGCGCUGCCGCCGCCGACAUCACCACCGGCCGAGCAGCCGCCCGGCGCCUGGCCAAACCAGGACGCCUACGGCGCGCUGCCAGCACAAGGCGAGCGGCGCGAGUCGGCGGACCGCUCGUUAUUCUCGCACGUCCCGCCGAGCUUCCGCGUCGACAGCCAGCAGCUCAGCGGGUGGGGCACGCGCAUCGACCAGGCGGUCGGGCAGGCCACGUCCGGCCUGGACCGCUUCCAGCCGGGAUGGGGCCAGCGGCUCGACCCGUCGCUCAGGCAGGCGAGUAACCGCCUCGGCGCGGCCUUCUCGAGCUUGGGCAAGCGGCUAGACCAGCACUGGAGCCAGGACCCGUACGGCCAGGGACCGAGUUACCCCCCUGGCCAGUACGGCGGAAAUCAGUACCCCCCGCCGCCUGGCGGUCCGGGCGGCGCGGCCGGCGCAGCGCAGCAACCCGCUACCGCCGCGUCACAGCAGCCAGCCCAGCAGCCUCAGCCUGCGCCAGCGACGCAGUUCACUGCCCAGCCGCCCGCAGCUCCGGCACAGCAGUACGCCGGCGGUCUGCCCGUCGUCGGCUCGCCGCCGCCCGCGGCCCCGCAGCCCCAGCCAACACAGUACGCCCAAGGCGUGCCGGUGCUCGGAUCGCCGCCGCCGCCGACGUCUGCCUCUCCCCCGCCAGCGACAGCAUACCAGGCGCCAGCGGCAGCGUACCAGCCCCCCGUGUCGACGUAUGCGCCGCCGCCACCGUCACAGUCGCCACUACCGACCACCGCGGCGCCGGGUGCAUCCCCAGCCGCCUCAGCGGUGCCCGUCGCCGCUGUCGCUGGUGUCGGAGCGCUGGCAGCGGGAAUGGGCGCGAUGGCUAUCUCGAGCACCCCGGCGCAGGCUCCAGCCACCACCGUCUCACCGCAGGCUACAGGGUAUGCCCCGGCAGCGCAGUACGCCGCGUACGGCCAACCGGCGGCGCCUGCUCAACCCGCCGCCGCUGUGUCGCCCCAGUCUACAGGAUACACACCAGCUGCAGCAGCCGCAGCGUACGCCGGCUAUGCCCAGCAGUCUGCUGCAGCCUCGCCCCAGGCCGCGCAGGCGUACCAGUCCCCUCAGCCCGCACUGGCACCAGAGCCCUCGGCACACGCGUACGAGUUUGAGCAGGCAGCGGCGACAGCGGCCGCGGCACAGGCACCUGCAUCUGCACCUGCGGCCCAGCCGUGGCAGCAGCAGCAGCCAGCGCCCCAGCAGCCCCAGCAGCCUGGCUGGCCGCAACAACAGCAGCAGCAGACAUGGCAGCAGCCAGCCCAGGCUCCGCCCCCGGAGCAGCAAGGAGCUCCGGCUCAGCAGCAGUGGCAUGACCCCGCACAACAGCAACAGGCUGCCACAACUCAGCCAGGAUGGGGUCAGGCGGCCUACGCCUCGACAUAUGCAGCGUACGGCCAGUCACCGUACGCUGCAGCUCCGGCUGGACAGGCACCGCAGGAGCAGGGCAGCUGGGGCAAGCCAGCAGGCGCAGCAGCCCCCGGUUCACCUCCUCCAACCACCACUGUCCCAGCGGCGCCACUCACAGCCCCUACGUGGCAGCAGCAGCAGCAGACGUACCAGCCUGGCCCACUGCCGACAGUGACGCCUAUGGUGACGACAUUGCCAGUUAACCCUGCUUAUGCGUCCGGUCCACCUGUCCCAGACGCGUCCACGCGUCCGAUCGCGUCGUCAUCGUCGGCUUCCCAGCCACUGCCCUCGCCGCCGGUCGCCUCGUCAAGCACGGCACCUGCGCCCGCACCGAGCACGGCCUCGGGCUUUUACCCGCCCGAGAAGUGGACGUACAGCCAGUCUGGCGCGGCGGCUGCGCAACCGACAGCCGGAGGUCCCAGCACGCACCAUGUCGUCCCCGACGGCCCCGAAGCUGUGAACGAGCUCCCACCACCCCCGUACGACCCCGGACCGCUGGCGCGCUCUGCGCCCCCGACCGCACCCCCGCGAUAGAUUACUUAUACCCCCGCAUACCGGCGACUAGUAUACACGGCCUAGUCGCUCACUGUCAGUCUUUUAAGUCAUUCACGUUUGGCCAGAUCUGAGGAUGGAGAUUGAGUUUUGGGAACAAUUUGGGAACCGGGCCGUAAGAAUUUCUACUAGGUUGAAACGCUAUCCCCUGUUGUGCGCCGUAGGCUUGGCCUUGGUAGGUCUGUAGGAUGACAGGUCGAGACCUCGA